ACAGGGCGCUUGAGGAUAAGGCCUCUUCCUGGUCUAUCCGCGCCGCGCAGGCGCACGCCCACGCAGCGUCUAGACCCCCCCCCCUCCGAGCGUCCCGUCUCCUAGUAACCAGCCGCUCUCCCCUUUUCCAAGACUUUUUCCUUAUUCCCUGGGGGCGACGAGCGCACCUGAGUGGAAUGCGCAUGCGCAGGGCUCUAUUCCCUCCGGCUGCCUUCAGUUAGCUCUGGGACACCUGCUGCUUUGCUGCCGCUUUUUUGUGCUAUUUUCCCCAGGGAUCGGGUACCAUUCUGGACCCGCGUUCAGUGAAUUCGUUACUCCGCAGAGUUGCUCUUGGGCGCUGGGAGGGUGGUGCGCUCUCGGUCCGCAGUCAGGGGCCUGUUUGCGGGGAGCCUCCCGGGUCGGGUGCUGCUGCUUGCAGCCUCGGGGGAGAGACCGGCCUGUUGGGGUGAGCGCCCGCAGCCUGCAGUCUGGGGAGCCUGCGGACCCCGAGCCCCGUCCGCCCGGCACCAUCCAGUCUGGGUUGAAUCUGGGAGUGACAGAACUAAUGAUGACAGCGCAGGUUCCUGACCGAUGAAAUAAACUAGGUUUUCAUAGCUGUUCUCUGAUGAUCUUGGUAUAGUAUUCACCUGUGUAUUUCAAAAGUAAUCUCACAUUUGAAGAGACUAACAGUUCCUGUUUUUACCAGCAAUCAAGUUGAAGAAACGUCUCCACUACUUAAAGAGGGACCUGCAAACUAUUUUUGUUUAGCUGUCCCAAUGGGAUUUUCUCUUAGUAAAUCUGCUACUCAGGUAUCUGCUCUGCGUAUGGAUUCAAAAGUGGAUGAUCACUUAAUGCAAGGGACUGAGAAAAGCAAACUGGAACCAGUGACUCAGUUAUUUCAAAACAGCAAGAAAAUAAGAUUAGAAGACACAAACCAAGAAAACUUUACAAGGAGCAAAGAUACUGGCACAGGAUCUUUUUCGGAGAAAGCCUUGGGUUCAGUGGUGUAUGUUAAAGAAAGUGAUGGAAUAGAAAUGAUAGACGUGGAAUGAAGUUAUUUGUGUAUGUUACCAAAGAAACCAAAAAUUGCUUUUGACUAAGAGGGCCUGUUGAAUGAGAACUUAACCUUAUUAUGAAAACCUAACAAAAUGAAGGAAGACGAUUGCUUAUUUUUCACUAUUUAUGAAUCACUGUAGAUUGCACUUUUUGAUGAUACAUAUUCAGAAAAGUUGCUUUAGAGAGAAGAAGCUUUCCAAAAUCCAAAGAAGAUUUCUCUGGUAUUACAUUCUGUCCUUGUCAAAAAAUCAGAGUUUUUGUGUAACAGUAUUUAAAUGGCACCAAAACAUUUUAAUUAUAAUGUAUUUCUCUAACAAAUGAUCAAAAACCCAAACACUGCCCAAACAAUUUGACAUCAGUAUUUCACAUGAUUUCUGGUGUACUGAUUUUGUAUGUUGAAAUUCCAGUUAGCGAUUUUGCUUUAGAAUACUUUAUCUUCUUGCAUUUUUGCAUGUCUGUUCGGUUAAAGAUCACUGGCAGCUAAACUCAAAGACCAGUAAAUUACGUACCUUGAGAAGCAUUUCACAUUUCAAAUCAUCUUUUUAAAACUUUUUUUUCACCCACGUGGAAUUCAUUUCAGAGUUCACAAAAUAGUUUUUUCUAAGUGUAAUAAUUUAUCUUGCAGAUGUUACCAUUUUAUACCACCAAUAUUUAAGAAAACAAUCUAGUUGUUAAAAAAAAUUCUUGUUUUGUAUAUAUCAGUUUGCAAUUCUUAUUAAAACAUCUAGUAGUUUGAAACAGCAGUGUUGUCCCAAGUAAUGUAAGCUGAAGUUAAAAACCAUUUGUGUCUGGACAUAUAGUGACUUAUAAAUAUUUCUAUUAUGUAUGUUCUGAACAUUUUCCUGUACUUUAAUAUUUACUGGUGAUCUCUAAUGCUCAAUUGAGUAAUCUCCUUCAUAUUCAUAAAGGAAAAAGGCAUAUCCAAAGAGGAAAAGGCAUCUUCUUUUAGGAGAAGAAAUAUUUUGUAAAUCAGAAAAAAAGCCAAACAGAUGUCAUGUGUUUGUAGAGUCAAAAAAAGAAAAAAACAACAUUGAAUGGGAUGUAAGCCACUAAGAUAAUGCUCUUUAUCAUUUAUAGAACAUAAUUCUCUGGGAGAGAAAAAAUACACAAAUCAUUCAUUUGUUCACCUAGCCUGGCACUGUGCUUGGUGCUCAGGAUACAGUGGUGAAUAAAUUACCGCUACCUUCAUAGUGCUUACUGUCUGUCUACCAGGGAAGGUAGAACAUCAGACAGUAAUUAAGUAAGGUACCAAUUGAGAUGUGCCAUGAAGAAAAAGUUAAAUUUCAAAGAGACAGAAGAGGAGACGUAACACAUAAACUUGACUUUCAAUUGUGGGAACUAGGAAGGCUUCUCUGAGGACGUGACAUGUAUAGCUUUUGCAGGGACAUGGUUGUCCAAGUGAGGUGAUGGUGAUGGUCGAGGUAUAUCGAGAAGGGGACAGAGUCCAGGUGAAGUUUGGCAGGACAGACUGAUGGUCUUAA